AUGAAGGUUUUGCAGCUAAACUCCGACAUCCUCCCGCAGUACAAGCAGGAGGCGCCCAAGACGCCUCCCCACAUUAUCCUUCACUACUGCACCUUCAAGACCACCUGGGACUGGGUCAUCCUCAUCCUCACCUUCUACACCGCCAUCAUGGUGCCCUACAACGUCUCCUUCAAGACCAAGCAGAACAACAUCGUGUGGCUGGUGCUGGACAGCGUGGUGGACGUCAUCUUCCUGGUGGACAUCGUGCUCAACUUCCAUACCACCUUCGUGGGGCCCGGCGGGGAGGUUAUCUCCGACCCCAAGCUCAUCCGCAUGAACUACCUGAAGACCUGGUUUGUCAUCGACCUGCUGUCUUGCCUGCCCUACGACAUCAUCAACGCCUUCGAGAACGUGGAUGAGUUUGCUGAUUGGUCCGGCUUCCAGCUGCUGGGCUCAGCUGAGUGUCAGCGGGUGUUUGCGACCCCAUUUACACCUGGUAUUAACAUGUGA